GCUGGCUCCAGCCACGCUGGGGGUCGCGUCUCCCCGCCAUUAAAGGCUCUGCGUGGCUCUGCCGCCUAUUCUGUCGGGUCGUGACCUGUACCGACUGGGGGAGUCAUAGGAAGGACGCCAGGAGACCCAGGAAACCUAGAAAUGUUGUCGCCUGCUGUCAACAGUCCUUGGUGGCUCUGCCGCAGCCUCUGUCCGGCUGUGAUCUGCACUGGCCGGGGGAGUCAUAGGAAGGACGCAGGGGCACACAGGAGACUAGAAAUGGACUCAGUGGCCAUGGAGGAUGUGGCUGUGAACUUCACCUCGGAGGAGUGGGCUUUACUGAAUCCUUCACAGAGGAAACUCUACAGAGAUGUGAUGUCAGAAAUCUUCAGGAACCUGGCCUCAAUAGAAAAAACAUGGGAAGAUCAUGAUAUUGAAGAUCAGUACAAAAACCAGGGGCGAAAACUAAGAAGUGAUGUGGUAGAGAGACUCCGUGAAAGUGAAGAGGGUAGUCAGUGUGGAGAAAAAAUCAGCGUUAUUCCAAAUCUCAAUCUGAACAGGAAAACUACAGGAGAAAAAACAUGUGAAUGCAGUGCAUGUGGAAAAGUCUUCACGCAUUAUUCAUCCCUUAAUAGACACAUUAGAUGCCAUAGUGAACACAAAUCAUAUGACUAUCAAAAACAUGGAGAGAAGCCAUAUAACUGUAAGGAAUGUGGGAAAGCCUUCUGUUUCCCCAGUUUUCUUCAAAGACACGAAAGGAUUCACACUGGAGAGAAACCGUUUGAAUGUACAAUAUGUGGUAAAGCCUUCAGGUUUUCUGGUUAUGUUCAAGUACAUGAAAGAACUCAUACUGGAGAGAAAUCCUAUGCAUGUAAAAAAUGCAGUAAAGCCUUUAGUUUUCCCCGUUCUCUUCAAAUACAUGAAAAAACUCACACUGAAGGGAAGCCUUUUGAAUGUAAAGUAUGUGGUAAAGGCUUCAGUUUUUCCAGUAAUGCUCAAGUACAUGAAAGAACUCAUACUGGAGAGAAACCCUAUGAAUGUAAAAAAUGCAAUAAAGCAUUCACUUCUUCCAGUUCUCUUCGAAUACAUGAAAGAGUUCAUACUGGAGAGAAACCCUAUGAAUGUAAGGAAUGUGGGAAAACUUUUAUAAAUCCCUCAGGCCUUCGAUCACACAUGUUCUUUCACACUGGAGAUGGACCUUAUAAGUGUAAGGAAUGUGAGAAAGCAUUCAUUUCUCCCAGUGCAUUUCGAAUACAUGAAAGGAGUCACACUAGAGAGAAACCAUAUGAAUGUAAAGAAUGCAGUAAAGCCUUCAGUUAUAUCAGUUCUCUUCAGAUACAUGAAAGAACUCAUACUGGAGAGAAACCCUAUGAAUGUAAAAUAUGUGGCAAAGCCUUCAGGUUUUCCAGUAAUGUUAAAAAACAUGAAAGAACUCAUACUGGAGAGAAAUCCUAUGAAUAUAAAACAUGCGGUAAAGCAUUCAGUUCUUCCAGUUCUCUUCAGGCACAUGAAAGAAGUCAUACAGGAUGGAAACCCUAUGAAUGUAAAAAAUGCAGUAAAGCAUUCACUUCUUCUUAUUAUCUUCAAAUACACGAAAGAACUCAUACUGGAGAGAAACCGUAUAAAUGUAAAAUAUGUGGUAAAGCUUUCAGGUUUUCCAGUAAUGUUCAAGUGCAUGAAAGAACUCAUACUGGAGAGAAACCCUAUGAAUGUGAAAAAUGCAGUAAAGCCUUCAGUUUUCCCAGUUCUCUUCAAAUCCAUGAAAGAACUCACAUUGAAGGGAAGCCUUUUGAAUGUAAAGUAUGUGGUAAAGGCUUCAGUUUUUCCAGUAAUGUUCAAGUACAUGAAAGAACUCAUACUGGAGAGAAACCCUAUGAAUGUAAAAAAUGCAAUAAAGCAUUCACUUCUUCUAGUUCUCUUCAAAUACAUGAAAGAAUUCAUACUGGAGAGAAACCCUAUGAAUGUAAGGAAUGUGGGAAAACUUUUAUAAAUCCCUCUGGCCUUCGAUCGCACAUGUUCUUUCACACUGGAGAUGGACCUUAUAAGUGUAAAGAAUGUGAGAAGGCAUUCCUUUCUCCUAGUGCAUUUCGAAUACAUGAAAGGAGUCACACUGGAGAGAAACCCUAUAAAUGUAAAGAAUGCAAUAAAGCAUUCAGUUGUACAAGUUCUCUUAAAACACAUGAAAGAACUCAUACUGGAGAGAAACCCUAUGAAUGUAAAAUAUGUGGUAAAGCCUUCAGGUUUUCCAGUAAUGUUAAAAACCAUGAAAGAACUCAUACUGGAGAGAAAUCCUAUGUAUAUAAAAAAUGCAGUAAUGCAUUCAAGUCUUCCAGGUCUCUUCAAACACAUGAAAGAGGUCAUGCAGGAUGGAAACCCAAAUAAUGUCAAAAAUGCAGUAAAGCAUUCACUUCUCCCGAUUAUUGUCAAAUACAUGAAAGAACUCAUACUGGAGAGGAAUCCCAUGAAUGUCAAAAAAUGAAGUAAAGCAUUCACUACUCUCAGAUCAGUUUGAACACGAGAGAAUUCACACUGGAGCAAAACCAUGUGAAUGUCAAGAAAAUGGGAAAGCCCGUAUUUCUCAUGAAAACUUUUGAGGAUAUGGGAAAAGGCACACUAGAGGAAAAAUAUAAAUGUGGGAAAGCCUUUUGUCAUCUCAGUUCUUUUUGAAGGCAUGAAAGGACUCGCUUGAUAAACUCCUCUCAAAUGUAAACAGCAUGGGAAACACUUCAGUUGACCUAUAUCCUUCUAUGUGAAACUCCCACCACAAAGAAAUAUAAAUAUAUAUAAUAUGGGAAAGCUUGAUGGCAAUUAAUUGGUGUAUGAUGUUCUAGAAAAUUUUCAACAUGAAAGGCUUGUUAUAAAAUUUGUAAAUAUAUUGUGUUUACCACGGCUCUUUCUUAAAAUGCAGCAUUGGAUUGUGAAUUUCUGUUAAUUACCUUUGGAAAUGAAUAUUGAGGUAAGAUAAUUCUGUAAGUCAUCCUUCAUCAACAUUACAUAAAGGUUACUAGGUAGUGGCUCAGUUAAUAUUUUCUCAUUAACUUUUUAUAAUGUUUAAUUGUUCUGUGUUGAGAUGUCAUUGAAAAAUGACUGUAUUUCUCAGGAUUUUCUUACUGGCCUUGUAUUGCAGUUCCUGGAUAUGACUAAUGCAUUGUAUAUACUGUUCCUUUCUUUUAGAAAGCUCCCUUUUUGGGCUGGUGGGUAUAAGAGUCUGUUUCUAUUUGCUAUACUGUUAAAAAUUUGGAAUAAAUUUUUGUAUGUGGCAAGUUUAUCAAACAGUAUACUUUCCUAUAAAUUCUUAUAUUUAUAUUUGGGCCUUUGCUCUUUGUCCUUCCUUCUGACUGGUAUUUGGUGAAUAGACUUUGAAUUAAGUAGAUGCCUGUGAUAGGAUAACAAAAUCUAGAGGUGGACACAUCACCCUGUGUUGUGUUAUGUCAAUAAGGGUAAUAUUAAGAACUAGAUCUUUAAGAAUCCAUCCCCUUUAUGGUUCCAUGUUGGAAUUCACCAAUAGCCUCACUUGCAUGAGAUUUGGAAGGGAGAAGCAAACAAGGCAUUAGGCAGAUUUUGGAGCCACCAUCUAGGGAGAGAGACAGUUACAUAGGAGCUUCAAGGAAACCAUCUUCCAUCCCAUUUUCUGGAUUCUUUGCCCUUCUAGUCAAGAGUAUCUUGAAAACCACCACCAGCUGUUUGGAUUCCAUUUUUUUGUAGGUGUAUUCUCCACUGAUGUUUUCAGAAGUUUCACAUCAAAGAUCCAUUACAGUCAGGAUUUUUUCUGUAAGUCCUCUUGUGUCCACCAGGAAACUAAUUCAGUUUUGUGGUUGGGAGUAUUCUCUGAUUCUUCCUUAGGUGAUACAUGUAGAAGGUCUAAUUUGUAUAGAAAACACCUUGUGCUCUUAAUAGUGCUAGUGAGCAUGUUUUCCCGAUUUACCAUGUCAUGUACAAUGGGGCAUAAAAAGAAGGACCUGGGAGUUUCUCUGCUGCAUUGUGCAACAGCUGCCUUGACUCAAUUCUUCCACGUGAGAACAAUCAUCUUGCUCGUGUCAGGAAGACUGUGUGUUUCCUGUUACCUGUAGCUGAAAAUAUUCCCUCAGUAUGUUUUCAAUAAUGUUUGAUUGUAUGUCACUGAAAUUAUGUGCAUUUCCUUGUAAAAUGAAAAAUUCUGUAGUUGUUUCAUUGAUAUUUUUAUCAACUGUUCUAAUCCAUAGUAUGCUGAUGUGAUUUUCAUUUCCUCAGGAUAUAUUAAAAUCCAUUUUAAUUGUGGGUUUUCAGAUAUACUUUGCAGUUUUCUUU